AUGGAGUCAACACCCCUCACUCAACUCCCUCAGGACUGCUGGCUGCUGAUGCUAGAGUGUCUGCCGCAACGGGACUUGAACAACCUAUCACUAGUUUCUCGCGACACUCGUGUUUCAGCUGAGCCUUUCCUGUAUCGAUCAAUCCACUGGGACUGGAAGCAACCCCCGAUUCACAAAAUCUUGCUCCUCCUCCGGACUCUCUCCGAGCGACCAGAUUUAGCUGACUGCAUCUGGCAUGUCAGUUUGGUAUGGUGGGAUGUGGAAUCCCAGAGAACAGAGGUUUCAAUCCCCAAAGGAAUUCUUGACUGGGCCAAGUCAAUGCUACAGUUUAGGCCCACAUUGAGAUGGGCCCGGAAGGUUGUUCGAGACGCGAAAUUUCCGACAAGAUUCGAAACAAAGUGGAUCUGUCGACUGUUUGAUGGAGACGCCUACGCCUACGCCACACUGCUAGUCUCGCAACUUCACAGCCUUCGCAGUCUUCGACUAGACUUUUCAUUCGUGCUUGAAGGGGGCUUCCCUGGUGAGAUGUUGCAUCAUGCUCUCUUCGGCAACGUACCCCCUGGCACAUUGAGCCAGUUCUCAAAAUUGGAAAUGGCCGACUAUGGAAGUAAUUUCCCUCUCAAGCAGUUCCGCGACGGUGUCAACCUUGGCAAAACCUAUCAAUUCAUCCCCUGGUUUCACCUUCCUUCCUUGAAGACUCUCGAGAUAUGGCUCUAUAAAAUAGAGGGGAUUUGCAACUUCCCUGGGGAGAUGCCAAAAAGACUCUUGAAUUUGCCAAAUCUGCGCAGUCUUGUUGUUGCCAAGACACUUGUUUUGCCUGGGGACAUCACCACACUACUAUGUCAAUUACCAUAUCUGGAGUCCUUGCACGUGGGCAUGGCCUACAAAUGCCGGACAACAGCCGAGUUUCUCAAAGAGCCCGAGUGCCUCCUUCGGUCCUUAGAAACUUCAGGUCAAGCGAUCAAGCAUCUUUCUAUCAGCAUGGAGUUGCUCCCAUGUUGUGCAGAAAGCUUCCGUCUGCGUGCGAUGGAUGAAGUUGGUCAGCCUUUUCAUGGCAUUUUGAAGAAGUUUCCCAAUCUGAGAACUGCCUCUCUACCGCUCAACUUUCUCAUCGGCUGGGACACAACAGCCUACAAACUUCGAGAUGUACUGCCAUCCACUCUUGAAGCCCUUCAUAUAAGGGCUGAUCUCUGGCAAACCUCAACCCAGGUUGAAUUCGAAAUGGAAGCGCUCGAGGCAUUAGAGUCAUUGAUGAGACACAAACAGCGUGGCUCUCACCCUUCUCUUAGAACUUUCUCCUACCAAGGACAGAAUGAGUACAAUGAUAAUGAACUCGCUGCUCUGGGCUUCCAGGACGAUUUUAAGUUCUCCUACUUGAUUAAGCGGGAAGCAAUGGGUCUAUUCUGUCACAGGCAAGGGUACAAAUUGUUCUCUCAAUAUGGUGACUGCACACCUGGUUUCAUGACAAGAGGUGUGACUUUGGUAGACAACGUCGUUUACCGGCUGCCUUGGCCAUUCGUUAGGGUCGAUGACCUCCCUGCGAGCGUUCCUCGACAUUCAAGAACCACGUCCAUCUUAUCAUCGGAUCAGUAG